UCUAAUAGGAAAUAAAAUUGAUCUGUGUUCGAUACAUCGACGUGUGGAGAAUUUAGACAGUAUGAUGAUGACAAACCUACCCCCUGUUAUGCUGCCACCCAUUACGGACUACGGGAUGCUGACGCCUACCCUCGGAAUAAAGGUAAGAAUUCCAGACCUUUCGAAUUUUCGUCCGUUUCCUACAGCACCGUUUCCGGUGGUGAGUGUCCAGGAAUUCCAGUACGCACGCGGGACGGGCGCGUCCCUGACGAUGAGGGGUAGCGACGAGCUUCUGUCGCAAAGUGGGGCAGUCAGCAAUGGUGCUUCAAUGAGUCCGCAACCUCAUCACGCGGCCGACAACAACAAUGACGCCAAGAAGGUUAAGCUCGACAAGAGUCACAGCGGCAAACCUUCCAGAGUCAUUCAUAUCAGGAACAUACCUAACGAGGUGUCAGAGGCCGAAAUCAUCCAUCUGGGUCUGCCCUUCGGCCGCGUCACCAAUGUCCUCGUUCUCAAGGGCAAGAAUCAAGCAUUUCUGGAAAUGGCGGACGAGAAUGCUGCAGCGACCAUGGUGACCUAUUACGCUUCCGGCAUAGCCCAGCUCAGAGGCAGAGCGGUCUACGUGCAGUUCAGCAAUCACCGUGAACUCAAGACGGAUCAAACGCAUUCUAACAACGCGGUCAGUAGCCCAACAAAUGAUGUCGCCAACACUUCUGAGAACUCGAAUAACCAGGUUGCGAUUCCUGGACAAAAUCAGGUAACCAGUGCCGGCGAGACCCAGGGCGGACCCAACACGGUACUUCGAGUCAUCGUGGAGCACAUGCUUUAUCCGAUCACCCUCGACAUACUUUAUCAGAUUUUCACGCGCUUCGGCAAAGUUCUGAAGAUCGUCACCUUCACAAAGAACAGUUCGUUCCAGGCACUAAUACAAUACGCGGAUAUGCUGUCGGCGCAGACUGCUAAAUUCUCGCUCGACGGACAGAAUGUCUACAUCCUGAACGUCAAGUACAACAACGACAAGUCCCGGGAUUAUACCAAUCCGAAUCUACCGACCGGCGAUGCCAACCUGGACGCCGCAUCGCUCGCCCUUGGCGGCGAAUUGCUACCCCAGUUGCUGAUGGGCGCCGGUUCCCAGCCACGUGCCAGAAUACCCGUGAUAAUAACAUCAUCUGAACUUCCUGAAGUAGAGUCCAUUGCAGGGGCACCGGGUGUGCUGCCCACGCCCUUCGCGGCCAUGCACGGCCUCCCGUCGCCCUUGGCCGGUCCCUACAACGGCGUGCCUCCGGCCGGGGGGCUCGCGGGCCUUGGUGGAUUCCCUCUCGGCGCCGCUGGUUUGGGGGUACGGGUGCAGGGAAGCGCCCAGGCAUCGGCCGUGUUGCUCGUCAGCAAUCUCAACGAGGAGAUGGUCACGCCUGACGCUCUCUUUACCCUGUUUGGCGUUUACGGGGAUGUACAGCGUGUGAAGAUCCUCUACAACAAGAAGGACUCGGCACUAAUACAGAUGGCCGAACCUCAUCAGGCGCUUUUAGCGCUGACCCAUAUGGACAAGUUAAGAGUGUUUGGGAAGCAAAUCAAAGUAAUGCUUAGUAAGCACCAAACGGUCCAAUUGCCAAAAGAAGGUCAGCCGGACGCGGGCCUCACGAAGGAUUACACUAACAGUACCCUUCAUCGAUUCAAGAAACCCGGCUCGAAAAAUUAUCAGAACAUCUAUCCGCCGAGCGCAACUCUGCAUUUAUCAAACAUUCCGGCUACGGUAGCUGAGGAAGAGAUCAAGGACGCUUUUACCAAGAACGGCUUCACCGUGAAAGCCUUCAAAUUCUUCCCAAAGGACAGGAAGAUGGCUCUCAUACAGAUGCCUAACAUGGACGAUGCCGUGGCUGCGCUGAUCAAAAUGCACAACUACCAGCUUAGCGAGUCCAAUCACCUCAGGGUGUCAUUUUCCAAGAGCAACAUCUAACAAGAAUCGCCACCGCACGAGCAGCAGUGGUACCAGUCCUACGCCCUAGUUCCCCUUUGGUCACCCGCCUCGGUCUACGACUGAUGGUCCGGCAGUUGGUUUCGCACAGGUGCUUGUCCGUUCCUGCGACGCUAUUAUCGGCCGGCUGUAUUGCACGCGAGACCCAUACGAGAUUGCGCGUUUGGACUCCAGAGCAGCACAAGCGGACAGGCGCUGUUUCGUUCGAGCGAGCUUAGGAUGCUUUCGAGGCCUUGCUCUCUGUUGUUGGACGUCUUUAUGGCACAAACGUGUUUCCGCAUCCGGUCGAUUUUGUCGAUACGAGGGUUGCUAGGGUGUUUCGAGAUGUACCAGAGCUGCAAGCGCUGAAGCUAAAUGACGAAGAGACAAAUUCGCGACGGCCUUCUCGAAGGUAGUUUCCGGUGCUGGCUUUCGAACGCGUUAACGCGACAAUUUCGUAAUUUUAGAAACAGAUGAGAGAUUUUUAAUGGUGAGAAACAGUGGAGAGGAAAGAUAAGGAGAAAGAAAGAGAUCGCGAUCGAUUGAUCGAUUAUUCUCUCUCGUGAAAGCCAGGACCGUUGUGCGAAGAGGAAAACACAAAAGAGAGAGAGAGAGAGAGAGGCAGUUGAGACGAAGAGUCUGGCAGCCGGGCGUAGAGAAAGCACGCAUAAGAGAGGAAAGAGAGAUUAGGAUUAGACGGGAGCGAGGAAGCGGCAUAGUUUGACGGACACAAUUCCUCGACUCUUAUACAGAGUUUACGUUAGGAAAAAUAAGAUAUAUAUUAUUGUACAUGUAAAAUUCACAAUUGCGCGGCCCGGACCGCUACUCUAAUUAUCAUUAAGGAUUUUUCAAAAUUGCGUGGACACAAAGGGCGACCGUCUCGCGACAAGCGGACGCGCGCGCGUUCGCGCGACGGCUUCCGUAUAUCGCAGGGUCUUUGGAAGCGGGUUUUCGAUCGUCGAUGUAUUAUUUCGACGAGCGGAUACGAGAAAGAAUCGAGGAGAGAGAAAGAAAAAAUAAUAGAGAGUGUAGGUAUCCGACGAUCGUCGCGUUCGUCGUGCGAUCACGUGCGCGACGCGGCGGCCGAUAAACCAAGUAGCGUUUCCCCGCGAGACAAUCUUCAUUCUUCGGACGACCAAACAAACCGCGCGAUCGAGCGUACUUCCUCGUGGCUUCCGUUCCGUUCGAGAACGAGACAAUAUGAUCGCUGAUGCUGCGAGAAGUAUCGAGUACAACGGAAACUGCAUAUUUCGAUCGAUCGAGCGUCUAAGUAAAAAAAUGGCCAAUGUCAUGUCGGGACCCUUUGCAUGCUUUCACAAAGUACUCUACUAUUCCGCCAACAAACCGAUUAUCCUCGUCGACUUUACGUCACGGGAUUAUGAUAUGGAGAAGAGAGGAUAGCUGGAAGCGCCAAAUUGGUCCGCCUUCAAAAUUCUUGCGGAUUUAUUUCCACACUGAUGAUUUAUCAACACGAUUAGUCAAUCCGUUCGUAAAUACGAAGUAAUUAUUUUUUAAAGUUAUUACGUGCUGAGAGCUACUCUCUAUUCGGAGGACUCCGAACGUAUCACCGGCUCGCUCGAUCUACUUACGUUUUAUGCUUCUUCGAGGGCGAGUCUCUCGCUCUCGAGGAUACCUCCAGUAUUCUCGACUAUCCGGCGGAGUCGAACGCUUCUUAGAAGAGAUCGAGCGGAGCCCGAUCGCUCGAUGAGUCUCCCCCCGCUCUGGAACCCACGCGGCGCGACCGCGUGCGUCGUCGCACAGUCGUCGCAAGUGGCAUUUUUAUAAUUUGUACGUUUCAGUUUCGAAAUAAGUAUUAUCGCACGCGCGCACACACUCACACAUACAUACACACACAUGUAUCUGCCUCUUUACGAUAUCGUACAAUUAUAAUUAUGCAAUUAGACAUACAAUAUACACAAUCAUGUACGCGUCGCGCGCGAGAUAAAUGUUAUCGACCGCCCUCUAAUUUAUGUAUACAACACAAACACGCAGCGUAUAAAUAGUAAAUAUGCGCAGAUUUCUUAGUUACAGUAGAUGCUUAGGCAUGUGUUAGGAUCUUAAUCGUAUAGUAAGCGACUAGAUAAGUAAUUGAUUAGGAGAGGAAGGAGUGAACCGUUGAACAUAUCGCUAAUUAAAAGAUUUGCAACGUGCGGAGCGCGCGCGGGGAGUUCGUACCAUUUGUAGCAGAUCGGCGGGUACGGCUCGGGACGCCUCGAGGAUGAUUCACGACGAUGGACGAUAUCCGCCCGAAGAGAGAGCAGAUGAUUCUCUUUUUUCGUGCCAAGGAUAAGUCUAUUGCGCGACGAGCCUCGAUCCAUAUCCCAUUGAGAGUUCCUGAUAUUGAAGCAUUCCUUGAGUAAAUCGACGGUUGUGAGAGGAUGUGCACCGUGAAAAUAAGCGAAUAUCUCCAAGAAAUAUCAAACUAUGUGUGCAAUUUACGCGAAGGAUAAUACUUGAGGAGGCAAGUCAUUUGCCGACUACGCGAAUACGUUUGCACCGUUGGCUUCUUGUACGACGGAUCAACGAAGAUGCACACACAUAGAUACGAGAGGAAAACAAAAGGUAACAAGUUAGAAUUGUAGAAACGUAUUUACGGCGACUUUAUAGAGGCGUGCAAAGCCGUAAAAACCGAUCGGGGGAACUCCUCGAGGAACUUAAAAAGUGUUCUCGACGGAAAGCCGUGCGAGGCGGAAUUUCGCCAAAAAUCCUCGAUGUCGUUUCUAUCAAGGAUCGAGAAUCGCUCACCAAAAGGGACGUACCACGCGCGCAUUCCGGCGAAGCUCGCGGAUUUUUGUCUAAUCGACGUUUUGUUGAAGUCAAUUAAAUUUUACUGAUAUAACUGAUAACUGAAUGUAGAGAGAAGUAGAGAGAGAGAAAGCGAAAGAGCGCGUGUUGGAAGGGGAUUGUUGUGCGGAGGAGUAAGUGAACGAGAGAAAGGAUGAGAGAAAGAGAGAGUAUGUG